CUAGGAUUGAGAAGUUGUAUAUAUAUACUUGUACUCUUCACAUAUUUAUUCAAUGAAAAUACAAUUCUUCAUGGUAUCGGAGUCUCACUAAAAACCCUAAAACUUUCUCCCCCAAGUUUCGGCCUCCUCCUCCCUUCGCCGAACAGCAGCGUCGCCCCCCCUCCUCCUUCUCCUUCUCGGCCGGAAGCUCUUCCACUCCUCUACAAUGACCGACAGCGAGGUCACGUCUCAAUCCUCCACCCAAAAACCUCCACAUCUGGAUUUCUCCGUCUCCAACGUCAAACUCCAUGUUCCAAUUCAACUCAGCUUUUCUCAACCAAACUAUAAAAAUUGGAGUCGCUUGUUCCUUCUCUUCGCACGGCGGUUCAAUCUUCAGGGUUAUCUCAACGGCUCUAUUGCUCCCAUCUCCGACGACGACGACGAAUGGUUCCAACUUGAUGCCAUUCUCCAGGGAUGGAUUCUCUCCACCAUCACGCCUGAGGUUUCAGAUCACGUUCUCUCCUCUGUCGCUACUGCUUCUACUCUCUCGACGGUGAUUCAUGAUUUGUUUCAUUUCAAUAAACAUGCUCGAGCCAUGCAACUUGAGCAUCAAUUUCGCACCACCGUAAAAGGAUCUACCCCCAUGGCCACAUAUUGUCAAGAGCUCAGGAACAUUGCAGAUUGGCUAGAUGACGUUGAUGCCCCCGUGUCUGAGCACCAACUAAUACUCCAGAUGUUGCGCGGCCUCCCUGACGAUCUACAAGCCCAAACUUCGUUUCUCCAGUUUCAGGAUCCCAUGCCGAGUUUUCUCCAGGUGCGGUCGGCCCUCCUCCUUCUUGAUCGGAAGCGGACUCCUUUGGGCGGAACCAGCAGCACGGCGCUGCUGGCGGGUCGGGACGCUGGUAGCUUCAGCAGCAGCCAGCACGGCGGGGGUGGCAGCCGCGGCCCUCCUCACUGCGGCAGUGGGGAUCGUUUCAUUGGCAGCAACUUCGAAGAUGGCUCCUCCUCCAGACAGCGUGGGAGCUUUGCACGCGGACAAGGGUGGCAACGGCAACUGGGGUCGAGGGCGCUCAAACGGAGGUUCGAGACAACGGCCACCAACGGAUGUCCAAAGUUCCUGGAACUCACCCUACCCAAACCCUAGCCCUGGGGUGUUGGGCCCCCGG